GCUCCUUGUCUCUGUGCUCCGUAUGCGUCGUCUCUCCGCUCUUGGAGAGGGAGGGAUACCGGAAGCGGAGAGAGAGAUACAUCGAGAGAUCUAUUGGCGGCCUCCGUCGCCCUCUCCGUGGCGGCCUCCGAGGAGUGAUGGGGGACGAACCGUUGCCCACCCGCUGGACGUUCGAGGAUUUCAAGCUAUAUUAUGAUGUGAGGUUUGGAAGAAAGGAGGAACCGAAGGAAGAGGUUACGGAUUCAAGCUUCAAUGUUAAUGGGAGUCAUGCAAAUGGAGUGAUGAAUGCCGGUGGGAGCGUAAAGAAAUCGUCCGACCUGGCCGUAUACGAGCAGUUUGAGCGGCAGAAGGCAAAAAUGGAACCACGCCUGGGAGCUAUUUCAGACAGGGCCGAUGAAAUGCUGCAUAGACCUCUGCUUCCUCCUCUUGAAUCUGCAGAAAUGCGUACCCUGGCGGAGACACUAUGCCGAGACAUCAUUCAUGGGAGUCCAGACGUUAAGUGGGAAAGCAUUAAAGGACUAGAGAAUGCAAAACGACUUCUUAAAGAAGCAGUUGUUAUGCCCAUCAAAUAUCCCAAGUACUUCACUGGUCUUCUAUCGCCUUGGAAAGGUAUUUUGCUUUUCGGCCCUCCAGGAACAGGGAAGACAAUGCUUGCAAAAGCUGUGGCUACCGAAUGCAAGACUACGUUUUUCAAUAUUUCAGCAUCAUCAAUUGUCAGCAAAUGGCGUGGUGAUUCAGAAAAGCUAGUGAAAGUUUUAUUUGAGCUUGCCAGGCACCACGCACCAUCAACAAUAUUUCUUGAUGAGAUUGAUGCAAUCAUUAGUCAACGUGGUGAAGCACGUAGUGAGCAUGAAGCGAGUCGACGUUUAAAAACUGAGCUACUUAUACAGAUGGAUGGUUUGACAAAGACAGAUGAGCUUGUAUUUGUUUUAACAGCAACAAAUCUGCCUUGGGAACUAGAUGCAGCUAUGCUCCGGCGUCUUGAGAAGCGGAUUCUUGUACCUCUUCCAGAACCAGAAGCAAGGCGAGCAAUGUUUGACGAGCUUUUGCCAUCAGUCCCUGGAGGAGCAGAAAUUCCUUAUGAUAUUCUGGUGGAAAGGACAGAAGGCUAUUCAGGCUCAGAUAUUCGUUUAGUAUGCAAAGAGGCAGCCAUGCAGCCGCUGAGACGAUUAAUGACACUUCUAGAAAGUAGACAAGAACAGGUGCCUGAGGAUGAGUUGCCAGAAGUUGGUCCAGUGAAACCUGAGGAUAUGGAGCUGGCUCUGAAAAAUACAAGACCAUCAGCUCAUCUACAUGCUCAUCGCUAUGAAAAAUUCAAUCAGGAUUAUGGCAGCCAAAUUCUUGUUUAAAGGAGUUCUUAAUAUGGCUUCAUUCAGAAAACCAUGAUUGAUUUGGAGCACUUCACCACAUCAUGGAAUUUAACAUAAGUAGAGGAUCACCUAAUCAUUGCAAAUUAGCUACUAUUUUAUUCUGCAACUGCCCAAGAGGGAGACAUCAAUGGUUGGACGCAUCAACUGCCCUUAGUCAAAAGUGUAGUACAUUUAUAACUUAAUGUGCUAAAAGCUAGUUACAGCUUCCAUUGAUCUUUUCUUUAGACUGAUGGUGAGAAAUUAUUUUAUUAUAGAAUAUAUUUAGAUAGUAGCAUUUCCAUUAUGUUUCUGGUUCAUGUACAAUUAUACUGCUCAGAACAUUGAAUCAAACAAUCCAAGCUCGAUUGUUCAGUGUACUUCCCCAGAAAGUAUUAUGUUAGAGCAGUUAUCUUG